CACGCUCACGCGCUCUGCCACCGCCCGCGGGGCUUGACCAGCGUAAAGCGGAACCUGUGGUCGCGCGGCCGGUUCGGAGAGGCACCGAAACGCUCCUUGAAAGCGAGUGCGCGUUGACGAACAGGCGGCGAAUCUGCGGGAGCGACUGUUCGCGCCGGCCGCGCCGUUAUCAGCCAGGGCUUGGUGCUUGCCUCUGAUGACAGCGUCCCGCCUUGAGUGAAAGGUCCCGCGUGAUCUGUGGCGAGCUGCCAUUUCUGACGGAUCCGAGCCGCCGUAUUUUGACCCGGGUAGAGAUCUACGCUACCUGCGUUACCUGCGAGCCUUCGACACGUUGAGGCAGCAGGUGGUGUAGUUCCUCCACUUCUGUUCAACCUCGAAAGUAGACGGUCGAGACAUGGUGGACUACUACGCAGUCCUCCUCGUCUCCAGGAGUGCUACCACUGAUGAUAUCAAGAAGGCGUAUAGAAAAUUGGCCUUGAAGUGGCAUCCUGACAAAAAUCCUGAAAAGAAGGAAGAAGCUGAGCGGCGAUUCAAGGAAAUUUCGGAAGCUUAUGAAGUUCUUUCAGAUGACAAAAAACGCAAAGUGUACGACCGGUAUGGCAAGGAAGGCCUGAACGGCAGUGCUGGCGGUAUGCGGUCAGGUGCCCGCCACAGCCACCAUCACUUCAAUGGAUGCAUGGGUGGUGUUGGCGGAUUCUUCGAUGAUGGGUUUACUGCACCAUUCUUCAGCUUCACGUUCCGGGACCCGGAGGAUGUAUUCCGGGAGUUCUUUGGCACAGACUCAUUCCACAUGUUUUUUGACAACCCAUACACGGCCACCAACACCGGUCGUCCGCAACAGCAUCACCACAACCAAGCCAGGCAUGGACACUCGCCUCUUCUGAGUCGCCACCGGGCAAAUGUUGAGGGUGGAGGUCGCAGGGCUGCGGCCCGUAACCGUUUCUUGCACGGACAUUCAGCUGCAACGGUUAACAGGAGAGACGACUUCUUCCCCCUGUCUGGCUUUCCUAUACCAAACCUUGGCUUUCCAGACAUCUUUGGUGGAUUUGAUGGGUUCACAUCAGUAACAACAUCCACAUUCAGCACAGACAUGGGAGCGGUGCGACCAGGUGUACGCAAGACGACGACGUCUACGCGGUUUGUCAACGGCAAAAAGAUAGAGACCAGGAAGGUCCUGGAGAAUGACGUGGAGACAGUCACUGUGCAUGAGGAUGGUGUCCUAACGAAAAAGACUGUCAAUGGCCAGGUUCAAGCCCUGGGAUAUAAGCACAAGUGAAGAGGAGUUUAGUUUGUCCAAUGCUCUUGCUGUCCCGAUGUGCUGUGCCCGUUUGGCAGAAUCUAUGAGGGGUCCCUGCUGCAGUACUGUGCACUUCCAGUUUCGAAUGACUAGAGAGAGAUCGCUUUGGUCGGAGGCAGCAGCAGCCAGCGGUUGAAGACAACUCGAAGCUUGAAAGAUGUGUGUCGGACUAUGCGUGUUUGUGUGUGUGCAUGCUGUCGGACUUUCUUCCUCCGUCGUUUUCAUUCCCCCCCCCCCUUUUUUUUCAUACAUAUUUGGUUUUUCUUUCUGCAAGUACGGAAGCACUGAAAAUUCUUCAAAAUGAAUAUACACCUCGUGGCUCAUUUCAUGCAGUUGAUUUUGGGGACCAACAUUUGCUUUCUUGUUUUGUGUGGUCUUGGUUAUGCACUUUGGUAGCAAGUGAAAGAGCUGAUGUCAGAAGUUCGUUCAGUGAAGGGAAGAUGCCAGCAAAAAGCACAUCCUGCGCAUUGCAGAAUUAGCAGAAAGAAUGCUCUUAGUAUUGACAAGGUACAUGCUUUCACUGGUGAGGCACGUUUGAGCUCUCGUGCACUGUUUUAAGCAAAUAGGAUUUAGGAUGCUUGCCCCCGUGAAAAUUAAAUAUUGUUGAAUUUAGUACUUCUGCUGCAGUCCUUAUGAGCUUGUAAUGUUAAGGCAGGGCACCUGCAGUGAUCUCAAGGACAUGAUUAUCAUUGCACAAAUGGCUCUUUACAAGAUAGUGAAAAACAGUUAUACUUGCUCCAUUGCAGUUGUGCCUGUUAUGCCUGCAUGCAUAUCUGGUUUCUAGUCCCUAAUAUUCCCCCAAAACUCGCUUGUGGUACUGAAUUUUAUGCAUGUUCUUAACAUUGAAGUGGUCAGCACGUGUUAGUUAAAUAUAUAUAUAUUUUUUGUCCUCCGUUGGCAUGUAACAAUAAAAGUGCAGCGCCUACCACAGCAUGUGCCACUUGGGCCAUUUGUACAUCUGUAAAUCGCUAAACUGUACAUCUGGAACGACUCUGCUGUGUUCUGUAGUUGUAGGAUUGGGGCCACUUAUGCUGAAAUUAAUUCAUUCAUGUGUGAAUAAGUGGUCUCUCUAUUUGUUGCACUGUGGCUACUGAAUGUGUGGGAAGGGCACGUUUAGAUCACUCGCUACUCCUCUUUAAAUCUGUUUUAUCUUACUGCUGUCUUGACUGGUUUGACAUGUAUUGUGUGUGCUGUACAGUCUCCUGGCUUUUUUUUCUGCGAUGCUGUUGUAAGGAUCACCGAUAUGUGUGAAAACAUUCCACACUGCUUUUGUGCAAGUCCUUGUGUGAGCUAAGCCGAGAGCUUUCUCUGCUCUAUGUGUUCCUCAAGUUUGUGAAGCAUUUCUUGUGCACGCCCUGUUUAUUUUGAAACAAAAAAGAGAAGGGGGUUGCAUAAUUGUUCAGGAGUUGAUAUUGUCUGUAAAUACAUGUAACCUGUGUGAAACUAGCUACUUUUAAAUUAAAAUGAAGUUCCAUUGUUGCGCACACCACUGAACGUGUUUAGUCUUUGUCAGGUUGCAGGUGUGGUGAGUCUGUAAAUAAAACUAAUAUGCCAUCCAA